AUGCGAGCACGUUGCUGCCGGUUAUUUUCGAUGGCAAAUACUAUUGAAGACGAUGGAAUUUAUUCAUACGAAGUUCUAACCGAGAAAGAUUUGGAGGAAGUAGCUCGACUGCUUGCGCGUACGUUCACGGAAGGAAAUCCACUCGAGAUUUACUUGAAAACAGCCUACGAACGGUUCUAUCCUUAUGCACUAGCAGUUUCAAAGGCUAUUCUACAAGAUCAACUUUCCAUCAUCGCAGUGCAUAAACAAACAAGAGAAAUCCAUGGUAUUGUGCAAGCAGUCGACGCUAAGACGAUGGCAAAGCAGAAUUUCGAAGAUGUUGAUCCUUCCAUAGAUACAUUGAGAGUCUUGCAAGAAAUAGAAGAACAUUUUAUGAACCAAUACGGUGAAUUCAACGAGCGUGAUUUAUUACAAAUCCUAAUGGUAGGAAUUCGACAAGAUUGUAGUGGAAAAGGACUUGCGACGAAACUUCAUGAGAUUCUGUUCGCUCGUUGUCGUCAACAUGCUUUUCGACAUGCUUUUGUUGAAGUUUCAAAUCCAGCGACACAUUAUAUUUAUACAAAGAAACUCAACGGAAAAGAAUUUGCAUCGACUUCUUUAGCAACAUUCGUCUCGAAUGACGGUCGAAGACCAUUUGAACAUUAUGAUGGCAGGAUACAGACCUCCGGAGACAUCGUUGUCGAAUGGUUCAAGGAAAUUAUUCUUUUGUUUGGCGACGGUGCUAGUGGACACUUCAAGAACAACGCUAACAUUUUCAACUUAAUUCAUUACAAGAUCAACUCUGAAUUAGAAGCUUNUCCAGCACCUUCACUCGUUCAAUAUUCCCGAGCUUAUUCCAAAUAUCAAGAAACAUUAACAUGCCCAUGCACGAAAAUCACCAUCGGCUACUCGAAAUUUCUUCAAAUUGAUUACAAACUUCAUCAAGUAUGUUCAAGUGUACUAGUCACCCAAGAUUGGUUCAACUACCUAACAGCAUAUCGUCUUACCGGUCAAUUAUAUCUGUACGAUUAUCGAUCAGUUAUAAAUAAAAUCUUUCAAGGUUUGAGCACAUUCUGUAAUUUAACAACAGAAAGACUUGCGAAUGACUUGGGUCAGUUUUAUUCGACGCAAUUCAUCAGCUCAUCAUUGAUAUCCAAUCAGACAUUUCAAAUCCAAGUGCAAUCAUUAAUCCAGCAAUUUCUUUCGCAAACAAUUCAAGAUUUCCUUUUCUCAAUUUCAUUAACUCGACAAACAACUCACACAAACAAACUUUUCACCGGUCUCCGAACCAACGCAAACUUCUCAACAACACCAGAACUUCGUUUGAUUACGACACCGACGACAUACAACAAUUGUUCGUGCGACCUUUCACCAAAAUGUACUAAUCCAGCUCGAAUCUACGACUCUCAAGGUAAUGCAACACUAUGGACCAUUCCAGGAUUCUACAUCGGAUGUUUUGUGAUCGAAUCUUUACUUCAAUCCAAUUUACAAUGCUUCUUCAACCAAUCCUGUAUUGAUCAGUUACAAGUUUACUUAAAUAUAACAUCAACAAUGAACAUCACUCAACUCAAUCGAUCUUUACUGAAAAACUUUCAAGUGAAUUCGACCGUCGAAGAAUUGGUGAACAAUCUCAUGGUUGAACAAUGGAAUUCAUCGAUUUUAUUCGAUAAUUAUUAUUCGGAAUGUCAACCAGUCCAAUGCAUCUACACAGACAAGAUGAAAAACAGUGCGAUUUACAUAGUCACAACGAUCAUUGGUCUGAUCGGUGGUUUAGUCGCAGCAUUGAAAUUAGUUGUACCACGAUUAGUCAUCAUUAUGAGCAAACGAAAAUCAGCGGCACAGAACGAAGAUCACAAAUCAAUGAAACAAAAGCUCAUGGAAUGGAAUUUAUUCCCAUCGCUUCCUCCAUCGACUGACGAACGCGAGAUUCGCAACCAAAGAUUAGCAACCAAAUGCUUUGUCAUUUUAUUGACACUCUUAUUAUUUGUUCUUCUUCUCUACACAUCACUGAUAGACAAAACAGUAACGAUUCAAGUUCAAAAACCAACAUUGACAAAGUACGUACAAUUAUACUCGAAAUUUUCCGAUCAAUUGUCUUGUCCAUGCAAAGCAAUCUCGAUUAAUUAUGAAAAAUUGUUUUCAUUGAAAUAUGAAUUCCAUCAAGUGUGUUCAAGCAUUUUUCUAACUGAUCAAUGGUUCGAAUACCUCUCCGAAUAUUCCGCCAGCUUCUUCAUCGAUGAUUUCCGCUUAACAGACACGUCGAUGUUUCAAUCGCUCAACGUUCUAUGUGGCCUUAUAUCUGAAACUAUAUCCUACCGUUUAACUCAAUUCUACUCCAAUCAAUUCAUCAGCUCAUCGGUCAUAUCCAAUCAAAUAUUUCAAAUUCGAAUUCAGUCGUUAAUUGAGGAGUUUAUCUCAUCAACAACAAAUUAUUUUCUCUUAGCCCUGUCAACAAUUCGAAGUACAACCCAAAGCAAUGGCUUACUCUCGUCACAUUUGACCAACUAUCAUUAUGUUUACAAUCAAUCUGGUUUUGUUAAUGUAACAUCGAUUAAAUGGAAAGAUUGUGAUUGUAUUUACUCAUCGACAUGCUCUUCACAAUCUGCGAUAUAUAAUUAUUCGAAUAAUGCGACGCUAUGGACUGUUCCAGGGUUUUACGUUAGCUGUUACGUAAUGGAUUCUCUACUUCAAUCCAAUUUACAAUGCUUCUUCAACCAAUCCUGUAUUGAUCAGUUACAAGUUUACUUAGAUAUAUCACCAACAAUGAAUAUUACUCAACUCAAUCGAUCUUUACUGAAAAACUUUCAAGUGAAUUCGACCGUCGAAGAAUUGGUGAACAAUCUCAUGGUCGAACAAUGGAAUUCAUCGAUUUCAUUCGAUAAUUAUUAUUCGGAAUGUCAACCAGUCCAAUGCAUCUACACAGACAAGAUGAAAAACAGUGCGAUUUACAUAGUCACAACGAUCAUUGGUCUGAUCGGUGGAUUAGUCACAGCAUUGAAGUUGAUCGUGCCACGAGUGGUCAUGUUCUUCGGAAAGACUAGAAACAAUGUUGAACGUAUGAAAAUGACCGAACAUAUUCGAGAUAAUCUCAAGAAAUCUCGUGAUUAUUUCAAAAAUCUCAAUGUCUUUCGUUCAUUGAGUGAGAAUGAAAACGAACGCCACGAUGAAAUUAUUUCCACUCGUCUAUUUCUCUUUCUCUUAAUCUUAUCUCUUGCCGUUCUUCUUCUCUACACAUCGUUAAUCGACACUACGCAAAUCAUUACAAUUGAAAAGCCAACAUUAACCCAAUAUCUGCAACUCUAUUCAGACCACUCGGAUGCAUUAAAAUGUCCAUGCACGAAAAUCUCUGUCAACUACAAACAAAUUCUAUCGGUUGAAUAUCAAUUUCACGAAAUAUGUUCAAUGGCCCGUACUAUUUCCAAACCAUGCUGA